GGGAACAGCCGGCCAAACCUCGGGCGGGGUGGCCGGACUUGGGCCGGGGGAGGCUCCGGGAAGGGACCUGGGAGGAGGUAGCUUUGGGCAGAGCCCGGGAAACAGCCCGGAGGUUCUCCGCCAAGGCCCGCGCUGAGGGCGCCUGAAGACAUUCCUGCAAAAGGGUGUUCCCCCUUUGGGGGAUCUUUACCGGAGGAGGUUCUUGGGGGUCGCUCUUCUGAGGAGGCCGCGGUUAAAGGGACCCAGGUGAGAGGCAGGUAGCUUCUGGGGAGACUCUUGGGACUGAGGGACGCCCCGUUGGGGUGUCUGGGUCGGAAGAGGUAGGUUUGGGAGGGUUCUCUUUUGUGGAGUUCGUGUUUUAGGGGGUACAGUUGGGAGACAGACCUCCCCCAGGGAGACUUCGAAAUGGCUUGAGGUUUAGAGACACCUCAGAGAGAGGGGCAAGGAGGCGGGAGCCAGGGCUAACGGAUUCUUCUACCCCGUGGCCCGAGUUAAAAAUUGGGGAAGGGCCUUGGGGUGGGGGGGUCUCCGGGAGCUUCUGGGAAGUGGAGCCUCCUUCCCCGCCUCCCUCCCAUAGGAAAGCCUGGGUAGGAGAGAAGCAGGAGUGGGAAGGGUACCUUCCCUCUCUCUGGAAGACCGACCAAGUGUCCCAGAUAGAAGAUUCAGCUGGUUCUGGGCUUAGUGCGGGGAACCCAUCCCGCCAGCACCCUCUGUCUGAUUUGGACUAAACAAAUCUUCCCCUUUGGCUCAGUUUCCCUGUCUUUGAUGAGGGAGACAGGCAGAGACGGUCUGCUGAGACUCUGUGGACAGUGGUGUCCCUGUCUGAGGUUGCUCCCCCUGCAGUGUUGUACUUCGAACUUUUAAGGGUCGGAAGUGUUUAUUAUUGACUGAGUAGAAAACCAAAACCAAACCCGUUACCGUCAAGUCGUUUCCGACUCAUAGCGACCCUAUAGGAGACGGUAGAGCUGCCCUGUAGAGUUUCCAAGGUGGAUUUGAACUGCCGACCUUUUGGUUAGCAACUGUAGCUUUUAAUCACUGCACCACCAGGGUUUCCAGGCUGAGUAGAGUCCUUUCGUUUUCCAGGCCCCUCACCUACCAUUUGCUGUCCUUAUACAAGUGACUUACUCUCAAUCUUUUUGAGUCUCUUUGUAAAAUAUGCAGUGCGUGGAAAUAUGAGCUACAGGCUGUAUGGAAGCAAGGUAUUGUGGUUCCACCACCAAACGGGUUGCUGUUGAGAAUAAAAGUGAAGGCACUUUCUUAACUGUAAAGCAGUGUAUAGGAUGGAUGUAAUAGAUCAGUAUUAAUACAGUUGUUACUGAUCACCUAUGGAGUAGUGGGGAGCCAUAUUGUACUGAAAACUUUAAGGUUUGCAGCUCGUUAGGCUAUAUUAUAAUCUAAACCCAUGAUUUCAGCCUCUGUUUAGACGGGAGUGGAGGGAUUUCCAGUUCUCAGAGUUUUAAUUUACUUUGACUGUCUGAUGGUGCUGGCAGGAGUUGGCACUGUAAUAAAUCUUUUCCUUCAGUCAGUUUUUCCCUGACAGUUGAGAUUUUCCUCUAGGUAAUUUGAUCUCAAUAUCAUAAACCUUAUCCCUUCUCUCUUCUAUAUUCAUGGUCUUUGGAUGUCUACAGGUAGCGAUUAUCAUGCUGCCUUCCUCAAUUGUGAUUUUGUGACUGAGACCAUCUUUUUUUCUCCAUGAGUAUCAUGCCUUGCUGUGGUAGCCCCAUACCAUAGAUUACGAGGACAUUGGCAAUCGAUCUUAUAUCUCUUCCACAAUGGUUCUCUUUACUUCGUUUUUCCACCUUGUGUAGAGUUUGCAUUUCCCGGGAUGACAUCUUGCUUUGUGGAUCCCUCGACGAGGUUACAAGAUACUUGUUUCCAUGUAUGACAUUCCCUUAAUGUUUGGUUAGUGGCAUUUGUUAGGGCUGGCUUUUCAAAUAUUGGCUAAUUUAUUUAGUGAUUUUUUUUUUAAUAGUUGCUUUGGUUUUUUAGCAAAAAACUGACCUGCAUUUAUCAUUUUUCUAGUCUUAUAUUCCAUGGUCCUUAAAAAAAAAAUCAUUGGGGUGAUUUUGAUAGCUUUCUGAUUUCUCAGGAUACAUGUUAUCCCCGACCUACUGAUCUAGUGUCUUUUUGUGCCCUGCUUUUUUGCUGGUUUCACAAACUCAUUAUUUCAGUUCCCUGUGAUUAUUUUUAAGGUAUUGAUUAUAGGAAGUGUUCCAGCAUACUCUAUGUGGGCUUUUUCUACUUCGUCAGCAAGAUAACUUCUCAUUAAGUAAAUUGGCCAAGUAUUCAAGGGAAAAUAAGAACUUAGCAUCUUGUGUAAUAAUGUUAUUCUAUUGUGAACAGGAAAAAACAACUCUGAAGUAUAUUUUCGCAAGAGCUUAACAAAAAAAUUAUUGUUGUGCGUUUACAACAGUCUCUUUCAACUGAAUGAGCUUAAUUCAGCCUAUCAAGAAUUGUGUAUGCUUUCCCAAAUAAUGAAGUAAUUUGUUAUAAUGAAGUGAGAAGUCACUUUGCCAUCUUUAACUUUCUUUGACAUUCUAAUAUUUAUAUAGUUGGAGAAAUUAUUAGGACUUUUUUGAAAUGGUAAUCAGUAUUAUACUACUUCAAAUUGGAAAUUUUCUGUGUUUUGUGGUGGGGUCCUUUUAAAGUAGGAUCUCAUAGUCACCAAGUUGCAAAAGUAAGUGGAAGGUCAAUAGGCACCAUAGAUGGGAACCACAGUGCAAGCAAGAAUCUACUUCAAAAGAGUUAUUUGACUUAGCUUUUCUUCAGGCUUUUGGCAUUUUGAAGGCAUUUACCAUUGAAUUAGGGUCGUUCCCCAUACCCCCAUAUUCAAAUUAGAUGAUUGAAAAACAGAAUAGUCAAGUGAAUGCCAAAGAAAUGAAUGCCAAAACUUGAGCCGCAACACUUAGGAGAAGACUCUUACAACUUUAAGGUGUGAAAGAAUAAAUAUUUCCCCUUUGGUUUAUUUAUUCAGUAAGUCAGUUUUUGAAAUCGUUUUCUGGCCAACCUUUAUGAUUAACAAAAAAGUACGUAUUUGUUAUGUAUUAGUAUUAAUGCCCAAUCCAAAAGGAAAUGUUUGCUGGUUAUUAUGUAAAAGCAAUAACCAUGUGACAGAUACAAGACUAAAUCAGGUAAAAAUACUUUGAGAAAAUUUUACAUUGUUCCUUUCCAAGGUUUUAAAAACUAUAAAUAAUGUGAGAUAGCAAGAAAUUGAUUCCCUAAAUUUGUUAAGAAAUAAAUUCUGCAGGUAGCUUUCUUAUUGCUAGAAAUUACAGUUUCUAGACUUAAUUUCAUGGAACCUCUAUACCUCGAAUAAAAGUUUUGAAAUACUUAGGAAGUUUAUUAUUACCUCUUAGUUUUGUUUUUCAUUGUUAGUUUUUUCUUCCUCCCACCCCUCCCGCCAGUCCCCAAGAGUUAAGCUUCCGCCCCUGUAGUCCCUUCAUGCAGUGGUUCUCAAAGUGUGGUUCCUACCCCACCCCUCUUCAUGGGAAAUGCAGCUUCUUUUUUUUUUAGUUCCUAUUGCUUUAUCGUUAUUCGUAUAUCUGUACAUCUAAGGGCUACUUACCAAAUGAAUCAUUAAGGAUUUGCUAAAACAUGGCAUUCAUAAACCAAAACUGCCACAAUAUUAGAGUUUACUGACAUCUCUAUUACAUUUUCUCCCAGGAAAUCUGUCCUGGGAAGCUUGGCACCAGUGCACCUCACAGGUCAUCUACAGAGUGCGGAUUCCUGCAACAUCCAGGAAGAGUGCUUAGUUUGUGGUGAAUCAUCAGUAUUGUCUCAAAUUGAUCUUGGUUUUCCAUUUUUACUCCACAUUUACUCUUGUUUUUUUCAUUAAAAUUACUAUUCAGCAUCGUCUGAUUUACAGGUGGUUGGUUAAUCUUUCUGGAGUUCCUGAGUGGUGCAGACAGUUAAUGCACUUGGCUGCUAAUUGAAAGGUUAGCAGUUCAAGUUCACCCAGAGGCUCCUCAGAAGCAAGGCCUGGGCAUCUAAUUCCAAAAAACCAGUCAGUGAAACCCUACGUAGCACAGUUUCUAUGCUGACACACAUGGGAUUGCCACGAGUCAGGAUCAACUCAGUGGCAACCGGUACUGGUGCUUCAUCUUUCACUGCGUCAGCAGAAAGAUUUGGACCAAUAGUAUUUUGGCUUAUAAGUUAAGACAUGAAUGUAUUGCAGUACAAAUAUAAAUUCUCCAUUCCCUUUUGCUAAUACUGGUAUAUAUACAAAAAACAAAACCUUUUGCCAUAACCGGGUAUAGGACAGGGUAGAACUGCCCCAUAGGGCUUCCAAGGUUGUAGAUCUUUACGAAAGCAGACUGCCACAUCUUUCUCCCAUGGAUAUAUCUACAUAAACCAAACCUGUUGCCGACAAGUUGAUUUUGACUCCUAGUGACCCCCUAGGACGGAGUAGAACUGCCCCAUAGAGCUUCUAAGAAGCGGCUGGUGAAUGUGAACUGCCAGCCUUUUGAUUAGCAGCCGAGUUCUUAACCACUUUGCCACCAGGGCACCUAUAUACAACCACCUAAAAACUUGCUCAUACAGAGUUACUUCAAUAUUACGAAGUUCCUUUCCACUGGAAAAAUGGUGGAGUGAGAGGCCUCCUAGUGGACCUGAUGCUUUACUAACUUCCAUAGCACAAACUAUCUCAUGAGUAGGGAACUAAGUGUGUUGUCCCUUGCUGUCCUUCAUCCCUAACACCAGCUUCCUUUACCAAGAGCAUGAAGGACCUUAUCUUUUUUUCAUUUUUGCCCAGUGCCUGGCAUAAGCAUUGGAUAUGUGUUUAUUGAAUGAUGGUGUCUCAGUUUUUUCAAAACGGUAAGUAUUUUGAAAACAUUUUCUGUUUACACAGAUUUUUUAAGAUAAAUUGACUUAAAACAUUUACUGAGUACCUUCUAGGUUCUAGGUGUACAACUGACUGUUUUCAGACACCAUUUUAAAUAGAUCUCAUUAUGGAAAGUGUUAGUUGUGCCCUCUAUACAUUUUGUUUGCUUUUCUUAGUAGCAAAGAGUUUGCUAUAAUAGAAAAAUUCCCUUCCUUUAGGCUUGUGAAUCAUGUAUGUGUUUGAAUAACAUGCCUAUAUGAUUUCCUGCUGUUUGAACUCUUAGGGGGAAAAUAUCUCAAACGGUGUGGAGCACUACAUUUAUUUUUCUCCUCUGUACUGCAGCAUCAUAAGAACUUACCUCAGUUCUUUCUUAGUACUUCCUUUUUGGGUCCAAGGCAAAUUUUUCAAUCCUUGAAACCCUGGCGGCAUAGUGGUUAAGUGCUAUGGCUGCUAACCAGAAGGUCAACAGUUCAAGUCCACCAGGUGCUCCUUGGAAACUCUGUGGGGCAGUUCUACUUUGUCCUAUAGGGUCGCUGUAAGUCAGAAUCAACUUGACAGCAACCGGUUUGUUUGUUCGUUUGAGACUUUAGGCAGGGAUUAUUUGUUUUUCCUUUUUUACUGUUAUUUGCUUCUGGAAAUGCUUUACUCUCUCUCCAAUCGAAGCUUUAUUUUUAACAUGUUUUUAACUGCUAGAAGGAUUUGUCUUUUCUCCUUUGUGCUGUUUCAGGUCAGGACUGUCUUCUGUAAUUAUUUUUGCCAUAAGCCUUACCUGACCAGAGAUGCCACUGGUACUGAUUUAAUAAGCUCUCAACUUUUUAGGAGAAGUUUUUUUCCAGAUACUCUUUUCCUAACAGUUCAACCAGAGAAAUCAGCCAGUGCUUUUCUCAGCCCCCUUUGAGGUUAUAAUCCAGGGUAUAAUCUAGUGGCGUCACUGGGGUUGGUGUCAGCCAAUGCCGUAACUCACGGCGUUACUACCCGCCCCCCCGUGGACCUCCUCCGGUACCAGACCAUGCAGAAUCCUUAGUGAUUUUUUUGUGCUAAUGUUGCUCAUAAACCCUAGUCCCCGUAUAUCACUCCUUAUUUGCCUUUAGUUACUACUGCAUUCUCAACAUUACGGAUAUAGAGCCUUUAGUUACUACUGCAUUCUCAACGUUACGGAUAUCGGUUCACAAACACUAAUUACCGUAAGGUGGUAGGUCAAACAUCAGUAAAUUUGACCAAAUCAGUGGCUAAAAACACUGGCAGCAAUGAAAACAAGGGUGCUUGGAGAGAAUGUGGACAAAAUCACAUGAUUCGAAGCCUUAACUGCCACUGGAUGACCAGCAUCCCUUGUAGUUGAUAAUGUUGGAUCUCAGCUCUGCAACUUUCUUUGGUGUUCAGUUGGUAAAAACAAAUAGGAUGAAAGUUCUUCAGCUCUGGAUUAUGAAAAUGGUACUUGGAAAACUGAAAACUAUCUAAAUGAUUGUCUUUGGUUGGGCCGUGUUCUUAGCGAGCAGAAGCCUUGGCCAGGGUCUGCUGUUGACUCUUGAGGAGCACAUAGCCCGCCUCCUGGGAACGAGAGGCACCACUACCAUGGGCAAUUCCUGUAUCUGCCGAGAUGACAGUGGAGCUGAAGACAGUGUCGACACCCAGCAGCAACAGUCUGAGAACAGUGCAGUUCCCGUUAAUGACACAAGGAGCCAACCCCGGGACCCUGUUCGGCCACCGAGGAGGGGCCGAGGACCACAUGAGCCGAGGAGAAAGAAACAAAAUGUGGAUGGGCUGGUGCUGGACACGCUGGCAGUAAUACGAACUCUUGUAGAUAAUGAUCAGGAACCUCCCUACUCAAUGAUUACAUUGCAUGAAAUGGCAGAAACAGAUGAAGGAUGGUUGGAUGUUGUCCAGUCUUUAAUUAGAGUUAUUCCAUUGGAAGAUCCAUUGGGACCAGCUGUUAUAACAUUGUUACUAGAUGAAUGUCCAUUGCCCACUAAAGAUGCACUCCAGAAAUUGACUGAAAUUCUCAAUUUAAAUGGAGAAGUAGCUUGCCAGGACUCAGGUCAUCCUGCCAAGCACAGGAACACAUCUGCAGUCCUAGGCUGCUUGGCUGAAAAACUAGCAGGUCCUGCAAGUAUAGGUUUACUUAGCCCAGGAAUACUGGAAUAUUUGCUACAGUGUCUGAAGCUGCAGUCCCACCCCACAGUGAUGCUUUUUGCACUUAUUGCACUGGAAAAGUUUGCACAGACAAGUGAAAAUAAAUUGACUAUCUCUGAAUCCAGCAUUAGUGACCGGCUGGUCACACUGGAGUCCUGGGCUGAUGAUCCUGAUUACCUGAAACGUCAAGUUGGUUUCUGUGCCCAGUGGAGCUUAGACAAUCUCUUUUUAAAAGAAGGAAGGCAGCUGACCUAUGAGAAAGUGGACUUGAAUAACAUUAGGGCUAUGCUGAAUAGCAACGAUGUCAGCGAGUACCUGAAAAUCUCACCUCACGGCUUAGAGGCUCGUUGUGAUGCCUCCUCCUUUGAAAGUGUGCGUUGCACCUUUUGUGUAGACGCCGGGGUGUGGUACUACGAAGUAACAGUGAUCACUUCUGGCGUUAUGCAGAUAGGCUGGGCCACUCGAGACAGCAAAUUUCUCAAUCACGAAGGCUAUGGCAUUGGGGAUGACGAAUAUUCCUGUGCAUAUGAUGGCUGCCGGCAGCUGAUUUGGUACAACGCCAGAAGUAAGCCUCACCUACAUCCAUGCUGGAAAGAAGGAGACACAGUAGGAUUUCUGUUAGACUUGAAUGAAAAGCAAAUGAUCUUCUUUUUAAAUGGCAACCAGCUGCCUCCAGAGAAGCAAGUCUUUUCAUCUACUGUAUCAGGAUUUUUUGCUGCAGCUAGUUUCAUGUCAUAUCAACAAUGUGAGUUCAAUUUUGGAGCAAAACCAUUCAAAUACCCACCAUCUAUGAAGUUUAGCACUUUUAAUGACUAUGCCUUCCUAACGGCUGAAGAAAAAAUAAUUUUGCCAAGGCACAGGCGUCUUGCUCUGUUGAAGCAAGUCAGUAUCCGAGAAAACUGCUGCUCCCUGUGUUGCGAUGAGGUAGCAGACACACAGCUGAAGCCAUGUGGACACAGUGACCUGUGCAUGGAUUGUGCCUUGCAACUGGAGACCUGCCCAUUGUGUCGUAAAGAAAUCGUGUCUAGAGUCAGACAGAUUUCUCAUAUUUCAUGACACAUGUGAAAAAAGCAUCACGGACUUAUUUCUACUCAGUUCCAGCCAAUGUUGAAAAGAAAAACAAAGGAAAAAAAAAUCCGUAAUCAGUCGUACGCACAUUGAAACUUAUAGCCAUGGCCAGAUUUUAUGCUAAAAAUGGUAGUUUGUCAAAGACAAAAUUCUCUUAGAAUCUAACCCAACUUGCCAGCCGUGAGAAAUUCCUUUUAAGGCGAAGGAAUGCUGAAUGCUAACAGCUAGGCCUGUGGGACUUGCCCGGAAAACAAAUAGGAGUCAGUGCCCUCCUGAGUGCUGAAAGCACACCGGAAUUCUCCAGGCUGGGUUCAUCCGAUUGUUUAAUACAGGCUGUUUUGUCUCAUAGUCUAAGGUUUUUAUUUUGGGCAGAAAUCAUUGGAGAAGUAAAUGACAGCGUUUCUGGGAUAAGCAUAACUUUCCACUGGUCAGAGAGACACUGGUGUGUUACGCAUGGAUAUUGCACUGCAAGACUUGAAUCUAUAAAAAAAAUAAGAUUAGAAUUACCCAGGUCAGUACUACAAGCAACAUGGAAGACCUGAAAGAAGGUGCAGACUGUAGAAAAAAAAUCCCAAAUUUUUUGAUAUUUUAGUGAUUCCAAAGAACAUUCUAGUUUUUUUUUUUUAAUGGCAGAAAAUUGAUGGUAUUUUCACAUUCAUGGUGUUUCUAUCCAAUUUCAGCGCCCACAUUUUGUGAGGAAACAAUAUUUUCCCAAUGCAGGAGGGAUUCCUACAUUAACUGCAAUGUUAGACUGGAGAAAAUUGGGUAUUUUAGGGUAUUUUUAAGGCACCAUCAAACCAGGUUUUUGUUUUAAAAAAUUUUUUUAAUCAGUAUUGUUUUUGGAAGUAAUAUACUUUAAAACUCUUGAGCUAAGUCUCCAAAACUCUAGAGGACAGUCUAAGAACACAUAUUACUAUUGUUUUAAAUAAAUACAUGUUUUUUAAAAGUAAAUUCAAUCAUGGAUUGUUGACUAUGUCUUCAUCAAAAGUGUUAAUCCCUCUCAGGGUCUCUGAUGAAGACCUUCAAGAGUUUGGUUUUUUCUCCCAGAAAAUUGGAAGGUAGAAUUGUAAAUUCAUAGACCUUAUUUUAUAAUGGUGUACCUCAGCAGCUGCCUUUCAAUUUAUGCCAAGUCCUUACUGAGUUUAUACUUGAAUAGUAAAUGUGUCUUCUGAGUUUUAUAGUGUCUUAAACUCAGUGCACAUUUUUUCUUCCUUUUCCACCCUUUCUUGUUUGUAGUUGCAUUAAACCUGUCCUUAAACCUGUCCUAUUACAGAGCUGAUUUCCUUCCUGGCUGUACUUGUUGGGGUGCUGGAUUUUUUUCCAUGUCUUUAGUCUUCCAUAAAUUCAAAAAUACAUAUAAAUAUAUAUAUAUGUAUGUUCUCCUCUUUAGCUUGUGGUGAAUACAGUAAUUUGCAUUGAAGAAAUAAAACAUUUGUUGCCUUUUUUGAUCAAGAUUUUACAACUUUCAUUGGUGCCUGCUGCUAAAUUCCAAGAUAAACUCUCAGACACACAUGGAGUCUCCAUGAGUUGGAAUCAACAGCAAUUGGUUUUUCAGGGUAGGAAAGAAUCAAGUAUUAGAAUGCAAGUUAAUCACUAUUCAUCCAGCAGAUCUUUACUAGGAACCUAUUAUGUGCAGGACACUGUGCCUAUGAGAAGUACAAAACAGGUGUGUUCAUGGAGCUUAAGUCUGGUAGUAGGAGACUACUAUGUAUUUGUAUUUAUUAUAUCAACUUAUUAGUGCCCUGAAGGAAAAGAAUAGGGUGCUGUAAGAGAAUGAGAGGGACCUAAUCUAGAUAGGGGAGGGUGUCAGAAGUAGCAUUAGUAGAAACUUAAAAGAUAAAUAGGUGAUAACCAGGCAGAGGGACUGAGGACAAGCCUUCUAGGACUGGGUAGCUAGGUGAACACAUUAUAGGCAAAGGCCUUAACUACAGAGGAAAGGAGCUUGGUGGGUUUUGGGAUCUGACAGAAGGUCCCUGUAGCUAGUAAGGUAGGAGCCAAGUGGGUAGCGUAGUAUGUUCCAGCGUUGGAGAAGUUUCAUGAAGGCCAUGUUGAGGAUUUUGUAUUUUAUCCUAAGUGCAGUAGAAAGCAAAGGCGUUCAAGCAUGGAAGUGCCUUGAUCAAUAAUUGUAAAAGAUGGCUCUGAUUUCUACGCGAAGAAUAGAGUGGGGGGAGAGGGAAGGUGAAAAGCAAAAAUUGCAAAUAUAAGACUAGUAGAGAGAUUCUGGAGUCAUCCAGCUGGGGGUAAAGGUGGUCUAUAAAUUGAGUGGAAAUGGAGAGAAGUCAGUGGAAUUAAUAAUGUCAGCAGUCAGAGCAGUGCAGUAGCCUAUCAGCUUUCUAGAAAUCUACCCUUAAAUUCUGCCCAUAAAAUGGCCUACUUUUCCAAUUCUUAACUUCUAGACCAUAAAACAAGAAGACUUCAAUAUUAAAUUGCUUAAAGUCAUUCAGAAUGGAGACAAAAUUGUAAUCUUGGCACUAUUUCAAAGGGAAAGACAUUUAUUCCACAUAGAAGAGAAGAAACUGGGGAUUAGCAAGCCAUUUGGGAGAGAGUAAACAGAUCCAUAUUCUGCACUGAAUGUAAGCAUUGUAAGAAUUGAUAGCUAGACUUCUGAUAUUGUAUCAGGAAAAAAAAAAAACAUAAAAAAUUAAGUUACGGUAUUCAGUUGUUCAUUGGGAAAAAUGCCCCCAGCGUUCCAGCCAGUUUUUUCUUUUUAAUGAAUUGUCACCGUUUCUGAAUGAUAUAGAGGGAGGUCAUGCUACCAUUUGCAGAGUGCCAGGAAACAGUGACUAGCAGAAAAUGCCCUGCAUGAGUUUCAAUCAUCUUGAACAUGUGUCUAUGAAAUCUUAAGACCAGUUCUUUCCAAGUUUCCCCACAUUUUUUUUUUUUGCUCUUUAUUCACUUAAAAAUAUUAAUGCUAACCCACAAAGGAUUUAAGAAGAGAUUAUUUGUGCAAAAACACUUAAUAUAUACAAUUUUUUUGUUUUUUCUAGAAAUGGGAGAAAGGCCACUGUUCUAUUUUAAGUGGAAAAAUGUUCUGAUUUCCAAGAGUCUGGUUUGGCACCCCAGGGAUUAGGAAUGAUAAUAGCAUGGUGGCUAAAAGAGACUAUUAGGACCAGGGCUGGACCCAGGUUCUAGCCCCACUCUGCGAUUUAUAUCACCAGCGUGCAAGUACCUAACCUCUAAGCCUUGGUUUCCUAAUCUGUAAGAUGGAGACAGUACCCAUCUCAUAGGGUUUUUGUUUUUUCUCACAGGGUUUUAAGUAUUUCAAAAGGAGACAAUGUAUUUAUAGUCUUUAGCAGGGUAUCUGGACAUGCCUGAGGAAGUGGGUACCUAUUAUCUUUAUCCCCAUUUGUUCCUACAAUUAGAAUGAUAUAGUAGAUUAAAGAUGGUCACAAAUUCUUAGACAUUUCUCCCUACAAUCUAUGUCCCCUUCCCCUUCAAUCUAGGUGGGCUCUGUAAUGGCUUGACCACUAGAAUGCCAUGGAAGUGAUCCUGUGCCAAGUUUCCAGUCUGAGGUCUUAAGAGACUGGAAGCUUCCACUUCCUGUCUCUUGAACUACUUGGCUCUUGGACCCCGCUGCCGUAUUGUGAGAUAACCCAAACAUCUCCAGGGAAGACCUCCAUAGAAAGGCACUGAGAGACCCCCAGCCCUCCAGCCAAGAGCCACAGUAGAGAUCCCAGCUGAGAGCCAACACCAAUUUGCCAGCCAUGUGGAGGAGCUAUCUUGGAAGAGGCUCCUCCAGCCCCAUUUCAGCUGCCCUAGCUGAUGACAAGUUGAACAGAGACCAGCUGUCCCUGCCAAGCCUCGCCCAAAUCCAAAUUUGGUCAGUAAAAUAACUUGUUUCAAGCCACUACAAUUUCAGGUGGUUCGUAACAACAAUAGGUAACCAGAACAGAUGAAAUCACAGAGUUUCAUUCCUCUGCCGCUUUGACCCCAUAAAAGACUGAAUUAGUAGGAAAAGUAGGUAAACUCAUUUUGUCCAGAAGAAAUGUGUGGUAUACAGAGAAAGUAGGUCAUGAGGAAAUUUGCUGAGUUUGCUAUGGGCCGUUUGACUAGUGCGUGACUAAACAGAACUCGGUCCAGCUUAUUCAGCAGACCUUUGUGGAUGCCGGUCUUCUACCUAGGACUAAGCAUAGCUCUGAGAAUUGAUCUCACCCUGGGUAUAACUGUGUAUGUUUUUAACCCACCUUUAGUUUCAGAUCCCACUGAAACCUAUUUUAUGCCCACCUGACCCUCAGAUCAAACCUAAGCCAUACGGUAAAUCCCUCUGGACAUGUACCACACAUUUGGCCAAAAAGUAUCAUGCAACCAGAAAGACAGUGCUCGGUGGUCCAAUCGAGCAAGUCAGCCUUAGGGAAUCCUUUUGUAAAAUUUAGCACCGCUUUGGAGAGGACCUUCCUUGGAGUGAAGUGUUCUGACUCCUGGUUGAGUUGCUCAAAGUGGCUCUGUCAACUUAUCUUGCACAAUUAGCCAAGAAACCAGUUACUGCAGGAUAAUCUUCAUGAUUAAAUUACAAGACAUCCAACGCUUGCGGCUAGGCUUUCCUUCCACGAGGGGGAGUAACUGUCUUGCAAAUCAGACGUCUGCAGUCUCUGGUUCAAAAGAUAAGGAGUUGGCUCUCCAGCGAUUUGCAUUUACCCAUAACCCAUUGCCGUCUAGUCGAUUCCGACUCAUAGCGACCCUAUAGUUUACAGUGUUCUUAAAACGUGCUUCAGUCUUCACAAACACCGUACAAGAUGCAACUUAUCCAUAAGUUGCAAAUGAGAAAAUUCAGGCUUAUGGUUUCAAUUCCUCCAUCCAUGAAAUGAAGGUGAUUGUUACACAGCACAUAAACAGCUCAGUAACUCCAUCCCAUACUUCCCGGAGCUCAGGCUCCCUUCGCGACUUUAUCUUCCCGUUUCCUUCCUUCCUUUCCCGUUCCGCUCCGUUUUGUCCCGCCCCUGGCGUUGGGUAGUGCUUGCUGUGAUUGGCUGUCAGGAAUCCACGAGGCGGGAGCUCCGGGCUGGGAACGAGGCGGGCGGAAGGAGGUGCGGUGGCCAUGGUAACGGGAGGCGGGACGCGGGGCCCAGCGGUCAGUAAC